GAACUAACAGUGUGUCUUGCCAUCAGAGCCUUCAGCAGAGGAAGCUGAGAUGUUCAAGCAAGUCAGCAUCAUGAAGUUGUUGCUCUUGUUUCUGCUCUGUGUUUCCAUAGUUAAAGCCCAGGAUCAAACAGACUACGAUCCUGAGGAUGGUGACACCCCUACGGGUGGAGAAAAAACCGCAGAUGCUCGAGGACACAGGCCAGUGGAUAGAAGACGGGAGCUAAGUCCAACCCUUAGACCAGCUCCUCCUCCCAUUGCUGGAGGCGGAUAUCGUCCUCGUCCAACGAAACCACCCACCAGUGGCCAACAGAAAAGGCCCAUUGUUUAUCCUGACGUUGGAGGCUGCAAGCAUGCAGCAGAUGAGCUAGGCGUGUUGUGUCCAACUGGAUGUGAGCUGCAAAUGACAUUGGUAAAGCAAGAGAAAAGUGUGAAAUCAACUGUUCAUGACCUAAAUGAUAAAGUACAGAAAUUAUCUGAAAACUCUGGAACUUUCCAAGUGUAUGUGACUACGAUAGAAGAGAAUUUGGUAAAAAGAAAGAAACAAAGAACAGAGAAUCAGAAUGUAGUUUCUGAGUAUAACACAGAAAUAGAGCAGCACUAUCAUUUCGUUAAAGAGAAUAUGGACAACAACAUUCCAUCUGCCAUCCGAGUUCUUCGUUCAAUUGUGGACAAUUUACACAAAAAGAUACAAAAACUGGAAGCUGCCAUAUCAUCCCAAAUGGACAACUGCCGCUCCCCUUGCACUGUUUCUUGCAAUAUCCCAGUGGUUUCAGGCAAAGAAUGUGAAGAUAUUUUCAGAAAAGGAGGUGAGACAUCAGAAAUGUACCUCAUUCAGCCGGAUACUUUCACCAAACCUUACAAAGUUUACUGUGAUAUGUCUACAGAGAAAGGAGGAUGGACUUUGAUUCAGAACCGUCAAGAUGGAAGUGUUGGCUUUGGGAGAACAUGGGAUUCAUAUAAGAGAGGAUUUGGAAAUGUUGCAAAGGGUAGAGAGAAAAAAUACUGCAAUUCCCCAGGUGAAUAUUGGCUUGGAAAUGAUAAAAUCAGCCAGCUCACCAAAAUCGGACCCACUGAGAUUUUAAUUGAAAUGGAGGAUUGGGAUAAUAAUAAGGUUUUAGCUCAAUAUGGAGGAUUCACCAUCCAGAAUGAGGCACACAAGUAUCAGCUCUCACUUAGUAACUACAAAGGCACGGCUGGCAAUGCCCUUAUGGAAGGAGCUUCACAACUGCAUGGCGAGAACAGAACAAUGACAAUUCAUAAUGGCAUGUACUUCAGCACUUUUGACAGAGACAAUGAUGGAUGGAUACAUGCAGAUCCAAGAAAACAGUGUUCUAAAGAAGAUGGUGGUGGCUGGUGGUAUAAUCGCUGCCAUGCAGCCAACCUCAAUGGCAGAUAUUAUUGGGGUGGGCUAUACACCUGGGAUAUGGCAAAACAUGGUACAGAUGAUGGUGUUGUAUGGAUGAAUUGGAGAGGGUCAUGGUAUUCAUUGAAGAAGGUGAGUAUGAAGACUAGACCAUACUUUCCACAGUAAAUGAGCAAUGUCAAAUGUUUUCAUGCUCAUAUCUUGGAUACCUUCUUUGAGUGCAUACCCACUGAAUUUCGUUUACAUCAAAGAAAUGCACCAAAGUUUAUAUUUGAAUAUAUUGUGACCUAAACUGGAAUGUAUGCCUGGCCCAUUAAAAUAACUCACAAGAACUUUUGUACCAUUUUUUAUUUGAUCCCACGAUACACAUAUAACUAGCAGCAUUAUUUAUAGUCUUGAAUCAGGUCCAUUCCAUUUGCUUAUAAAACCAUUCAAAACCAGAGGGAAAGAAUUCUUUAAUUUUACUAGCUCCUUCAUUUAAAUUAUACAUAUUUAUACAUUUUUAACACAGAAACAAGUGUUUUCAGUGAGGUGUAUUAAUAUUCAUUAAACAUUUUCUGCUACUGUA